CCUAUUCACCUGCUGUGUUCGAUCUACUCAUCCCCUCGUUUUCAUAACUCCCUACUCCAUCUCCCUCUAUAAUACUCCAUCUCACCCCAAACCCUUUACCUGUCCUUCUUAUCGCUAUUUGUUUGAGUCUGUCUUUACUUUUCCUUCUGCAUAAAGCAAAAGAAUAGAGUGUUGAGGAGGUCAUGUUGGUAAUGGAAGAGGUACUGUGUGAACUUAGUGAUCAUGAAAAGAGAAACGAGCAAGGCCUGCCACCGGGUUUCAGGUUUCACCCCACUGAUGAAGAACUCAUAACCUUUUAUUUGGCUUCAAAGGUGUUUAAUGAAACCUUCACUAAUGUCAAGUUUGCUGAGGUUGACCUCAAUCGAUGUGAGCCUUGGGAACUUCCAGAUGUGGCAAAGAUGGGGGAGAGGGAGUGGUAUUUGUUCAGUUUGAGGGACAGAAAGUACCCAACAGGACUAAGAACAAACAGAGCAACCGGAGCUGGGUACUGGAAAGCGACUGGGAAAGAUAAGGAAGUGUACAGUGCUUCGAGUGGAACCCUACUUGGAAUGAAGAAGACUCUUGUUUUCUACAAAGGAAGGGCCCCUCGCGGAGAGAAGACCAAAUGGGUCAUGCAUGAGUACCGUUUGGACGCUCACUUUUCCCACACCUCCAAGGAGGAGUGGGUGAUAUGCAGGAUAUUUCAUAAAUCUGGUGAAAAGAGAACUCCAUUGCUCCAACUCCAAGGACAUUCUGAUGCUUCUUCGCCCUCAUUACUUGCAAGCCCCACUUCCUUUACAUUGGAAUUAGAGUGCCAAUCCCAAAGCCCCCUUAUGAUUCACCACCAACAAGACCAAAACCACCUCUCUCACCCUCAUCUUUUCCCAUUGCAUGCCACAAACCAUUCAUCAAUCUCGGACCUUUUCCUCAAAGCCAAGGAACAAACACUUGCAAAACUAAUCAAAACGGAGGACGACGCUAACGCUACGUUGUAUCAACAUCACUCACUAGAUGACCCUAAUAAUAGCUUCCGGUGGGAGAACAAGUUGAACCAUAAUAUUAAUCAAGGGCAUUUCAUGAACCCUGUCCCUCUUGAGGUGGAUGCGGGUCUAAUGGCAUUCUCAGGAGCUGCAAAUGCUGAAGUUAGGGACAUGUCCACUUCAACAGUCUUUAACAGGGUAGGGUUGCAGCAGGUGCUAGAUGCUGCUCAUAUCGGAAUAGAUUCUUGGCCUAUGCCCCAGCAUGUUUAAAUCUAUAUGUUUAUAUGUAUUUAUUAUAUAGACUCCUAGUACGUAAUGUGUUUGUGUAACAUAAUUAAAUAACUCGUGUGUGCAUGCCUAUGCAAGCUAGAUCUUCUACUAGAUUUGUAACGUUCUGUGACUACAACCUCAGACAAGACAAGACGUAUCUGUAACAGAUUCUCGGACGUCUC